CCGCAGAACGAUCUCCUGUUGCGUGCCGCAGUCGGAGAGAAAGUCGAACAAACACCGCUGUGGCUCUUCCGUCAAGCCGGUCGGCAUCUUCCGGAAUAUCAGGACUACAAGGCGCAAACGAACAAGAACUUUUUGGAACUCCUGGCGUCUCCCGCCUGCGUAGCAGAAUGUACCAUGCAACCCAUCCGUCGGUACGAUUUGGAUGCGGCUAUUUUGUUUUCCGAUAUUCUGGUCGUCCCGGAGGCACUCGGGAUCCAAGUCACCAUGCCCGGAGGCGUCGGGAUUCUCGUUCCCGAGCCACUCACGUCGCCGGAAGAAGUACACACGCGACUCCCCUCCAUCGACCAGAUUACUCCCGACUUUGUGCAAACUAAGCUCGCGCACGUCAUUGAAGCAGUCCGGACGAUUCGCACGCAAAUGGCGGAAGAAAACAAAUCCAUUCCCUUGAUUGGGUUUUCCGCAGCCCCCUGGACACUCAUGUACUACAUGGUGGGUGGGAGUUCCAAAAAGAAUACCGAGCUCGGUGUGACUUGGUUGGAGGACUAUCCGGAGGCGUCUGGAGACCUGUUGGCGCUCUUGACCAAAAUUGUGGUGGAAUACAUGGACGCGCAAGUACUGGCCGGAGCACACGUGUUGCAAGUCUUUGAAGCCAUGGGUAUGAUGAUUGACGACGUGAACUUCGAAAAACACGCGUUGCCGUGUUUGCGAACCAUAGCGCAAGAGCUUAAAACACGCCAUCCGGAUAUUCCGCUCAUGGUGUUUUGUCGGGGUGCCUGUCACCUGAACAACCAACUGGUUGGCCUAGGAUACGAUGUCAUCACGAUGGACGGCAGUGUGGACCGCACUACGGUAAGGCAGCAACUAGGCAACACUGUCACGUUACAGGGCAACUACGAUCCGGCGGAACUUAUUGAAGAAAACGGCAAAACGGUCGAGACGGUCCGAGCGACUGCGAAAAAAUUGCUGCAGGAGCUGGGACCCCAGCGACUGAUCGCCAAUCUAGGUGAAGGGCUGGGUGGGAAAGAAAGCCCGGAACUUGUGGACGCCUUCGUCAAGGCGAUUCACGAGGAGAGCGCCGCCAUGAUUCUUCAAGAUAGCUAG